GAAUACCCGCAUCAACUUGAGUGUGAUCAACGUCUUUCUAUCCCUCUUCCAUCAUGUCGACAUACCCAGUCCAGGUUUCCAACAUCUCCUCCUCCACUACCCAGGAGCAUCUCUCUGAAUUCUUCUCUUUUUGCGGCAAGAUAUCAUCCAUCGACUUCAACCCAGAGAAGCAGUCGGCGACGAUUCAUUUUGAAAAGCCCUCCGCCGCCAAGACGGCGCUCAUGCUCAACGGCGGCAGCCUCGAUGGCGCGACGCUCACCGUGACAAGUGAGAAGGAACAUCCCGACGAGGUGCCUGGCACGCAACACGAGGGCGCGUACGAGCAGAGCGACAAGCCCCGCGCGGCGAUUGCGGCCGAAUACCUUGCCAAAGGAUAUCAGCUCCACGACGCCAUCCUUCAGCGCGCGAUCGAGCUGGAUAAUAAGCACGGUAUCUCGUCGCGCUUCCUCAAUUACAUCCAAUCGCUUGACAAGCAGCUCGGCGAGAAGGCACUAGGACCAGACAAGACCAUCUCGGGGCGUGUGCAGGAGACGCUCGCGAGUGCGACGCAGCAGGCGCGUGCGAUCGACGAGCAGAAGGGCUACAGCAAGCAGGCGAGUGAUUACUACGCCCGCGCAAUUGCCUCGCCGUUCGGACAGAAGGUCAUGCAGUUCUACACCACAACAUCGAAGCAGGUGUACGACAUCCGUGAAGAGGCGAAGCGCAUCGCUGAGGCUCAAAAACAAGCAGGUGCCAAUGUAUCGACACCUUCGGAGAAGUCUACUGGCGCUGGCAGCAGCGCGCCCACGGGCGCCGCGGUCGGCUCUGCGGGUGGAGGCGUCAGUGGCGCGUAAGUGGAAUUAUGGUAGUACUUGUUGAUAUAUGAUCAAGUUCCGAAGGGUUUGCUACGUUGUACUUUACGAAAUGUUCAUGAAAUGGUACCCCGUUAUGAUGUGUCGUUAG